UGGGACACUCAAAUUCGGAGUUGAUGAAAUUCGAAUUAAAUUUUUAAAUUAUCAGUUUCUAAACUUAUUUUUCUGAACCUUUAAAAAAGACAUUAAAAUUUCAGAGAGAGACACUUCUUGUCGAUUGUAUUCGAAAUAAAAUAGUAAAAUGAGUGAAUCUCCUAACUGGGAUCAAAACUUGGACGACGAGCAACAGGAUCUUUGGCUCAAGGUGAACUCACGAGAGCGAAAACGAAUGCACGACUUGAACUCGGCUUUGGACGGACUACGCGAGGUUAUGCCUUAUGCACACGGACCCACAGUUCGCAAACUGUCAAAAAUUGCUACUCUUAUUUUGGCGCGAAAUUACAUCAUGAUGCUGAGUGCUUCGCUUACCGAGAUGAAAAAGCUUCUCGCCGAGUCCUACUCGGUUAAUGCGGCACUCACUCAUUCGCUGCAAAAUGGCGGGAAACCGAUAAGCCGUUCGGGUCAAAACUUGGGCCCAAGUGGCGUCGCGGCGAAUUGGAAUUUUCCGCUGAACGAGUUACGCAACUCAGGCAGUGAUUGCGUAAGAGGAACCACGCAACCGCAGUGCCAAAUCAGCGAACACUUCAUCUCAACGGCCAGGCUGCCCAUCCUUCGGCAAGAGCAACGGGUGAAUACUUCGGCAGAUAGAGUAUUGUCCAAGGGGAAGAGAACAGCUGCUGUUUUAGGCACAGAAAACAAGGAAAUGAUUCACAUGACUCAUCGAAUCGUGGACUAUAAGCGAAACGCUAGUGACGAUAGACUUUUGGACAAAAACACAGAUGCUAAGAAGAUGCGAAUAUCAAACGAGAAGUAAUGAACUCCAAAAAACUGCUCGCAAAAACGACUUGUGCUUUCGAAAACUCAUAACAACUCGCAAAUACAAAUUUUCUGAAGCACAUGCGCACAAUUGUUCAAAUUAGAAGAAAAAAGUUCAAAUAUCCAAAUUGCAUCAGCUGUUUUCAGAAUUACUGCGUCAA